GGAACUAAAGGGUUGGUCGCCAUGGUUGCUACAAGCAAACUGAAGAAUAAAAACCCGGAAUGCGUAUCAGAAUUGAUUGACCGUAGAUACGACUUGACUUGUAUUGAAAAUGAGCUGGAUUCCUGUUUGGCUGAGCCCCACCUGAACGUGGAGGUGUCUGAGGACAGGAUGUGUCAGCAGUUGGCCAAGAUGUUUGAGAACUGCCUGUCACGGGCCAAGAAGACCACGAUGCGUUGCUCUAAGGUGCUGGUCCCUGAGAAGCUGACUCUGAGGAUAGCACGCGAUGUACUGCGCCUGUCGUCGGGUGAGCCGUGCGGCCUACGCGGCUGUGUACUCUACUUGCACCUGGAGCAGGAACAGUGCUGUAAGCAGCUGGAGCGCAUCGUGUACAAUGCAGACGUGGUGCCCACCUUCGAGCUGACGCUGGUGUUCAAGCAGGACUGUAGCGCCUGGCCCAGUCUCAGGGACUUCCUGCACAUUGGUGCCUGUUUCACUCCAGGCUUCAGGCAUGCGCUCAAACUCAGCCCUGGCUUCCGGCUCAUCAAGAAGAAGCUCUACUCCUCCUUGGCUGGUACCGUGGUAGAAGAGUACUGAGAAGGGGGAAUUGAGGAAGGUGGGACACUAUGGUUCAGUCAGCUGUCCUUGGGGUGGCAUGUACAAUGCUUUUCUACACUUGAAUAUCUGAAUGUUAAGAUCUCUCCUGGAGGGUCUUAUUUUCUACAUGUUUUUGUAUACUCGUUCACAUAAACUGUAUUUUGUCUUGUACAAAGGUUACUGUUGUCCAGCCUGUCUGUUCCAAUGUCCAGGUUUCUACAACUGAUUAUUCAAAAUGGACGGACAAGUCUUGGUUACUGUAAUGGAUUGUCUAAUGCCUAAACAAG